AUGCUUGGCGAUGGAGAUGAAACCCCCUCAAGGUAUGAAUUGUUGAGCAUGGUGAAGAAGCACUCCAACUUAAUUGGGAAAACGGUAGUCGAGGAGCAAGAUGCUUCUGAUAUCGAGAUGGAUAUGAGGUUUUGGCACGAUGUCUUUGAUUUGUAUUUCGUCUGUGGCAAGGAGUCAAGGGGACGCCAGGAUGAUGAUCUUGUCUUCUUUGUUAGAAAAUUGCGUUCCCCUGGUUCUGGUUCCAACAAUAAAACAGAGAGCGUUGAGCCUUAUUUUGUACGCAGGUGGGCACCUAAGUUGGGCGACUUAGUUGAUGAAACUACUAUAGAUGUGGACUGGAGGCGUUCAUUUUACUUGAAUUUAAUUGCUCAUACAUCAUUCAGUGUAACAGUUGCAAUUUGCAGUCACCAGGAUCUUCUUAAUCAUCGAACUGGGCAUGAUACACCUUUAUCCCCUAUAUAUAAAGUUGUGAAGACUGUUUACGCAUCCCCAAGUCGUGUAAAUUUUCAAUUGGACUCUCGGAAGGAAGUGGAAACAACUCCUGCUUAUCCAGAUAUAUGUUUUGCAAUUGAUGAUUUUGACUCCACGUUUGAUGCUGUGGUUUUGACUGAAAAAGAUCAUUGCUAUUGUGUAGUUCUAAACGCACAUGACGGGGCAGCAUUUCCAAGUGAGAAGGAGUCAAAUGAUUGUAGUACUAGCGAUAGCUCCUCUUCGGAAGUCCAUACUAGAUCUGGAAAGAAAAAGGAUACAAAGCUUACCCUUUUCUCAGGAUUUGUCAGCUAUCAAAUGGUUCGAGAUGCUUAUGAUGCUGGCAGGUCUCGAUUUGGGAGCCUUUUAUCAGUGGGCCAUUCUUCUGGCAAAACAGACAGGAUUUACAUGAAAGGUCCUGGAGGCAGAGGGGAAGUUGAAGUAGCCGUUUCUGGUGUUGUAGAUCAGAGCCAGGAGGAUUCAGGCCCAUUUUCUCCAGUUAUAUCAAGAAAAGGGUUUGGGCUUGGCGUUAUUGUCCGUAGAGCAGCUUCCGCCGCAUCAGUAGCAGCAAGGCAUGCUUAUGCAGCGGCCUCUGCCUCUAGCUCAAAUUUCGAUGAGUUGAUACCUUUGAAGUGCAGCUUAAUGUCCAUAUCAUUGCCCUGGGAAUAUAUUGCGUAUGAUCUUCUGUUUAAGGGAGCUCCUCCAGUUACCAUGUGA